UGCCAGCUGCAUGGACACAAAUCAAGCCAUGCCAGGACUCCAGAUGCUGAUGCUGGUGGCCCUAGUGCAGGUGCUGUGUGUGGUCCCUGCAGCAGCCCUGACAAGCUUCCCCAGCAAGUUUCUGGUCGGGGAGGUGAACGGCCAGGUGGUGGUGACCUGCGACACCGCCCAGGAGCACGUGUCCUGGAAGCAGAACGAGCACCACGAGAUCAUGGCCGAGCACCACAUCGCCGGCCGCACCCUCAUGCUCGAGGGCCUGGACCAGCCGGCCGCCGGCAACUACACCUGCUGGCACGGCCCUCACCUGCUGGACUCCACCUACGUGGUGGUCAGCGACCCGGACUACCCCCUGCUGCAGGGUGCCCCAGGCCGCGCCGUGACCUGCCAGGCAGAGUCCUACGGCGGUGAGCUGAGCUGUUCCUGGACCGCGCUGCGCCCCGCCGCCUUCCGUGCCCGCCUCUCCCGCAGCCCUGACGGUGCCCCCGGGGCCUGGCUCUACGUGGGUGGAGGCUCCACGCUGCAGGACCCGGACCGGCCCCAGCCCUUCAUGGUGACCCUGGUGGACGGGACCUUCUGCCCCUUCGCGGAGGAGCCGAGGCCGCUGGAGCUGGCGCUGGAGGGAAUCUCGGCUGAGAGCUUCGUGAACAUCACCCACCGCCUCUUCCUCCGGGACAUUGUGAAGCCGGGACCCCCGCAAGACAUGACUGCGCAGAGCAAGGGUGGGCUCCUGCAUCUGUUCUGGGCCCCCCCAGCCUCCUGGUCCAGCCCACACUCCUACUUCCUCCUGCACUACCAGCUGGAGUACGAGCACUGGGACGGCACCAAGGGUUCCCUCCAGCUGGAGGGGGUGACGGAGAUAAGCGUCGAGGAGGAUGUACGGCGGGUGCAGAUCCGCUGCCAGGACCCCUUGGUCAACUCCACCUGGAGCCCCUGGACCACCUGGCAGAAAGUGUGAUGGGGCCUGUCAGAGCUAGGCCUGCAACCCCCUUACCCUCAAUCCAUCCCCCCAUCUGUUGUAUUUAACCCAACCUGUGCUGCCCCCAUUCAACCCCAUUGCUGGGAGGCCUAACACUAGUCUGACAGCCCUCCAAAAGGCAUCUAGGAUUCAGGGCUGCCAACCCCAGAGCCCUGUCCCAUCUUGAUCCCCCUCCAACCAGCUCCCAUGGCUGGGAUCUGCUCUCUGGAACACCUACAAUAAAAGGCAGCUGGUGCCCUGGA